CAGAAUCGCAUGCUGCCAUCUUUCUUGGGAACAAGAACAACUGGAGAAGCCCAUCCCGAGCAUGAUGGUUCCACGAUUCCGGUGGAACUUCUGUUUCUCCAUUUGCAAGAUACAAAGGCCCCAAAGUCCAAGGUUGCAGUUUUUCAUAGGAGGUAUGGUUGCAGCAGUUACAGCAUUGCUGGUAGACUGACUUCCAGGUUUAGAGUGUGUUUUACGCCGUGCAACCCUACAUGUCCAAGAAUUUCGCGGAUCACACACCGCAGAGCGCAUCCAGCAAUCGAUGGAAAAGAUGCUAAACAACUGGGGAAUUGACAAGCAACGGGUCCACGUAAUUUUGCGUGAUAACGCGGCAAAUAUGAAGAAAGCUAUGAGGGAUAUGGAGGUGCAGAGUGUGGGCUGUGUCGCCCAUUCCUGUCAACUCUGUGUGCAUGAGGGCCUGCUGUCUCAGCGCAGUGUGACAGAGACCCUGGCCAACACAAGGAAGAUUGUAGGCCAUUUUAAACACUCCCCGUUGGCCUACUCUCGACUAGAAGAUAUACAGAUGAACCUAAAUAUGGAUAUCAAGCGCCUACAGCAAGAUGUACAGACACGAUGGAACAGCAGCCUCUACAUGCUGCAGAGCCUACUGCAACAAAAACGUGCUCUUAGUGUCUUUGCAGCUGAGCGCACUCUACCAGCAACACUGACAGCUCACCAGUGGGAGCUGAUGAAUAAGACUGCUGAUGUGCUAUCUCCCUUUGAAGAGCUGACCAGGGAUGUGAGCAGGAGACUGCAACUGCAGCUGAUGUGAUCCCUGCCAUAACAGUCCUCAGACGUGUUCUGUCUCGGGAGGAUGAUGAUGACCAGGGAAUAAAAACAAUGAAGAGGACUCUGCUGGAGGCAGUGGAGAAGCGCUUUGCUGAUGUUGAAACUGAGCCACUCUUCUACAUCGCCACUCUUCUAGA